AUGGCCACCAGGAAGACGCUGAAGGUGUUGGGCAUUUCGGGCAGCUUGCGCCAGGCCUCGGUCAACUCAGGUCUGCUGCGGUCGGCCGCCUCGUCGGCCGCUCGCCUCAACUCGAACCCCUCGGCCACCACCGCGCCCGCUUCGCCCGUCGUCGACUACAGCUUCGACUUUAAGAUCUACGACGGGAUGAAGGACAUCCCGCUCUACGACGGCGACGUAGAGGCGCAGACCAAGCCCGAGUCGGUGCUCCGCUUCCGGCGCGCCAUCGACGAGGCCGACGCGCUGCUCAUCGCCUCGCCCGAGUACAACUACAGCUUCUCGGGCGUGCUCAAGAACGCCAUCGACUGGGCCUCCAGGAACUGGGACGGCCACAUGCCCCUCGCCGGCAAGCCCGCAGCCAUCAUGGGCGCCGGCGGAGUAUCGGGCUCGAGCAGGUCGCAGUACCACCUGAGGCAGGUGUUGGUGGGCGUGGGCAUGCCGGUGCUGUUGCGGCCGGAGGUGAUGAUCAAUGCCUUCGUGCCGGGCUCGUUCGACGCCAACGGCGACCUCAUCCACGAGCCCACCAAGGCCGAGAUCGAGCGUCAACUCUUGGCUCUCGCCCUGUGGGCCGACCGUCUGCGCGGUUAG